GCAGCCGGACACUGUGCUGCUGUACUAGCGGAGAGCACUCUGGCAGAAGGGCCGACUUACUCCCAGGGCUGCAAGCAUGGACCAAGAAAACAACUCGGAGGACGAUUCAGUCGGCCCUUCGGGGGACGGAAUGCAGUGUCUACCUCCAGAUCUUUCGGAUGGUGAAGCAAUGGAGUUGCUUUGGCAGUUGCGAGCCCAGCGCCGCCAGUCGUCUCCUGAACUCCCAGAGACAGUGUCUCGUCUUACUGCACCUGAUGGAAGCAUCUUAUACCUGGUGGGCACUGCCCAUUUCAGUGAUAGCAGCAAAAAGGACGUAGCCACGACGAUCCGAGCUGUGCAGCCAGACGUGGUCGUGGUGGAGCUGUGCCAGUAUAGGGUAUCGAUGUUGAAGAUGGACGAGAAUACGCUGUUAAAGGAAGCCAAAGACAUCAAUCUGGAUAAGGUUCAGCAGGCUAUCAAACAGAAUGGGCUGAUGUCGGGUCUGAUGCAGAUUCUGCUGCUCAAAGUUUCAGCUCACAUCACAGAGCAAUUGGGCAUGGCGCCUGGAGGAGAGUUUAGGGAGGCCUUCAAAGAGGCUGGCCGGGUACCUUUUUGUAAAUUUCAUCUCGGGGAUCGGCCAAUUCCUGUGACGUUCAAGAGAGCCAUUGCUGCUCUCAGUCUCUGGCAGAAGGCCCGUCUGGCCUGGGGUCUGUGCUUUCUGUCAGACCCAAUCAGUAAAGAGGAUGUGGAGAAGUGCAAACAGAAGGACCUGCUUGAGCAAACUAUGUCAGAGAUGAUUGGAGAGUUUCCUGCUCUUCACAAAACCAUUGUGGCUGAAAGAGACAUCUACCUCACACACACUCUCCGACAGGCUACACGCUGUGUGGAGUCCCCCCCUAAUGCCCAGAAAGUGCCUGCUGUGGUGGUGGGAGUCGUAGGGAUGGGUCACGUCCCUGGCAUAGAACGAAACUGGGACAAGCAGCUUAAUAUUAAUGAAAUCAUGAGUGUCGCACCUCCCUCACGCGUUGGCUGGGUGUUGUGCGCUGUCAUAAAGGGCGUCAUGAUGGGAAUGCUGGGAUAUGCCUGUUAUCGUGUCGGUGGAAGUUUAGGUAGAGCCCUGCUGUCUUUACCUCCAGUCCGAUCUUUACUGGAGACACUGCGGCCUCUUCCUGCUUGACCCAACUGGUCUUCU